AUGGCGGCGAUCGGGUGGUGGUGUGGCGCGGCGGAGUGCCGCAGCCAGCGCGGCGUCCUCGCCUCUGCCCGCGGCACGCGAGUCACGCGACGGAGGUCGAUAGCGGCCAGCGGCCAGCCUCCGUUCUAUUAUUCAGCCGCGACCACCGCCAUCGGGCACGGGACAAAGGCAACGCACUGCGACACCUACCGGCCCACCGCCGGCCCGCCGCACUCCAGCUCCUUGCAAAAAUAA